CUGUAACAAACGGGCUGUGGAUCAGACGCAUCCGGUGCGCAACGAGGACGAGCUCCAAGACGCGCAGCGGCAACAUCCACCAACACCGCACGGAGAAGAAGGUAGUUUGGUUUACACCUAUUAAGAAAGUGAGGUGAAAUAAUACAGGUGGGGGUGGGAGGCAAAACCUUGAGAUAAAUGAACAAGAAGGCGCAUGGAGACGCACCGGACCAUCGACUCGUGCUCUUAAAAACGGCGAUGAGGCGGCAGCGGGGCGCAGACCUCUCCUAGCUCCUUUCCGCAGAGGUUUAAGUUCGUCUGAAGAGGGGGUUGAAAAUCCAUCAUGAACUUUUCGGAGUCCGCGUGGCUCUCGGAGGAGCUGAGGAACCUCAGCGGAGCGGAGGAAGAGGACCAAAAACUUUUAUUCGGGAUCGGCACGGAUAACUUCAUCACGCUGCUGGUUUUCGGGCUGAUCUUCUCGCUCGGUGUGCUGGGCAACUCCAUGGUGAUCACCGUGCUGGCCAGGAGCAAACCGGGGAAACCACGGAGCACCACCAACAUAUUCAUCCUCAACCUGAGCAUAGCGGACCUGUCCUACCUGCUCUUCUGCAUCCCGUUCCAGUCCACCGUCUACAUGCUGCCCACGUGGGUGCUGGGAGCCUUCAUUUGCAAAUUCAUCCACUAUUUCUUCACCGUGUCCAUGCUGGUGAGCAUCUUCACCCUGUCGGCCAUGUCGGUGGACCGUUACAUUGCCAUCGUGCACUCCAGAAGGUCCUCCUCCAUCCGGGUGGCCAGGCAUGCUCUGAUCGGGGUGGUGGUGAUUUGGAUACUCUCCCUGGCCAUGGCCGCGCCAGUCAUGUAUUACCAGAACAUUUUCCACUCAAGAGACAAUCACACAUUCUGUUGGGAAGUGUGGCCCCAAAACCAGAAGAAAGUCUAUGUCGUUGGCACGUUUGUGUUUGGUUACGUUCUGCCUCUGCUGCUGAUUUCCUUCUGUUACGCAAAGGUCUUAAAUCACUUGCAUAAAAAGCUAAGAAAUAUGUCCAAAAAGUCAGAGGCAUCAAAGAAAAAGACUGCUCAAACGGUCUUGGUGGUGGUGGUGGUGUUCUGCCUCUCUUGGCUCCCUCAUCACGUCGUGCACCUGUGGGUGGAGUUUGGAACGUUCCCUCUGAACCAGGCCUCCUUCGUGUUUCGGGUGGCCGCCCACUGCCUGGCGUACAGCAACUCCUCCGUCAACCCCGUCAUCUACGCCUUCCUGUCGGAGAACUUCAGGAAGGCCUACAAGCAGGUGUUCAAAUGCCAGAUCGGCGGAAGUGAGUCGCCGCUCGACGACAUCAGGGAGAUCCGCAGCAAAGCGGACACGCCGCCCUCGACCAACUGCACCAACGUGUGAGCAGCGAGGUGUGGGCCGCCAGAGUUGACGUUGCUGCAGCGCCGCUCGUUCAACCUGGACCAGAGGGGAGGAGAUACAGCCGCCGUGGCUGCAGGGCAUGACUGUUCAACUCUUCGAUCGGUCUCUGCUCCCUUCAGUUAGGAUUAAAAAAAAAAUCAUUUUGAUUGUAGAACAUAGUGAACGUCAGAUCGCCAUGUAGUUACUAGCUAAUACAGCAAAAAUAAUACAAGGUCGUUGUUCUUUCAAGUACAAUUUUAAUCUGUGGACAUUUUUCAAGAAUAUUAUUGCAUCAUUUUGAUUGAUUGCGUAACAACCUCUUAGAAUGUUGUUUGAAUGCAUCUUCUCCGUCUGAAAAACUGUGUUUCAAAUCGUUUUGUAACAUGUGACAGUACUGUGAUUAUUUUGUUGUUGAAUUCAGCAAUUAUGACACCAACUAAUCCCAGUAGGGCUCUGAAACUCGACGCUUCAAAAGGUCUACUUGCUUGCUUUUUUGAGGGGGAACUCGAUGGUUUGAUGCGCAUUCAGUGGAGAAAAUGGUCUCGAACACGUUAGCUUUGAGUCCUAACGCAAGGAGGUACUUUGUCUUAUUAGAAAUUGUGGAAGUGUGGCCCGAAAUUGUGUAAGCUUCCCUUCACAAAAGAUAGACUUUUAUCUUACUAAAAAUCUGACCUCAGGUAGCUGUCUAAUUGUAUUCGCUGCAAAGUUUGUCCUUGUGGAGAAAUUCAACAGUUAGAAGGACAUUCGGAUGAAUUUAACAUGAUAAAAACUUCCAUUCCAUUGUGGGAGGCAAGGAGCGGACUCAGACCGUCUGCUUACUCAUCGGGCUCCGGACAGUUUCCUUGGGGACACAAAAAGGAUUGACCAUGUCCUCAGUGUUACUGUGGUCUCUAUGAUGUCAGAGACCACAAAACAGGAGCCAACUUUUCCAUGUCAGCGGGUGCCACUGGUCAGCAGGUCUCACUGAUUGUUACCAUGGAAACCUAUUCUCCACCAGGGAAACGGGACUCUCGAGGCGCUUUAACAUUAUCAUGAAAAAAACACUUUUGCAAGAGCCUCCUCGAUUACAGUUAAUUUCCAGAUUUGCAGAAAUGUGCAUUAUAGAGCCCAGGUUGUACACAUGUAUAUAUUAUAUAUACUAGCAUUUAGUUCUGGUAAGGUGGGGCCCUUUUUAGGUCUUUUAUUUUUGAGAUUCUGAGCCCUGGACACAGUUCUGUAAGCUGACCCAGUGUUAAACAACGACAACAAAAAAUCACUUUCCCAUUUCCAAACAUUCAUUUCAGAGGAUGCGACACGCGUAUUUGUACUUUUUGAGAUGUUGAAGGUACGUCGGAGCGGUUUCAAGUAUCAAAACUAAUGUGAAGAGUAAUUGAUAACAUUUUUUGUUGUCGUCUUGCUCAGCACUGCUGACAAAAGGUCACCACUCUAGAUAAGAAAUUGCCAAAAAUCAUUGCCAUCACACACAGGACAAUUAAAGCCAGUUUUUUUUUAUUUGCUUUUGAAUAUAAUGAACACUCGAGCUGAUAUACACGUAUGCUUCAGUCUAUUUUUGGCUGUUAUGUCAUCUGUAACAUGUUAUGUGAACGGCUUUGAUAUUGCGUCGUGCGAGAUUGAUGCUUGUUUUGCACAUUUUCUAGUCGCCGUUAUUCUCACUACAAAAAAAAACUAAUAGGAAUCCUGUUGAAAAAAUAAGCAUACUGAAGUAAUCAUCCUGUAUGUAUGUAUGUAUGUAUGUAAGUGCUUCGGCGAGCCUCCACACAGCAGCUUUACCUCAAUUACAACCUGACCAUUAAAACUAAAGAACACGAGACAAUAGACAAUAGACUUGGUGGGAUCGGGGUGGGGGGGGGUUGGCGGGGUCUGCUGCGGCUCAGACGCCUGAUUAACACCAACUUCAACCAAAAAAGGAGGACUCAUCCCCGCCAUCUGCAGACGCCUCCACCCCGUCGGCGAGGAUCUCGGAUAUGAAAAGCCAAGUGCUGUUGAUGACUUUGCUUACUGUGGCGCUGUCGGCACAGAUGGUGAUGCUCAUCCGUGCCCACACGGAACUGGGGACAUUUCUGAAAGGGGACACGGGCAUGGAAAUGGAAUCCAAGUAGUAGCAGGGACAUGUUCUAUUCUUUGUUUGGAUUACACAGGUAAUGGGAAUAAAAGAAAUGACUGUAGCAGAUGCUACGCAAGUGGAACACAGUGAGAGAAGAGAAGAGGGUUGUUUUCUUCAAGAUACGAAGACCCACAGAAGGAGCACAUGAACAAAAGCAUGUCUUUUCAGUAAAUCACAAAAAAUGGCAGUAUAAUGAUUUACUAUAUGGAAAGGUAUUACUAGAGUACAAUUUCUAAGGAUGGAUAACUGAAAGAGCCGCCCUGGGCUUCAUCCACAAAAAAUAUUGCUCAAAGUAAUACAUCCGAACCAAGAACAGACUCAAAAGGACCACAAAGAAACAGAAAAUGACCACAACAACUCCAAAGAGAUUUAAUACAGCUGCAAACAGACACAAAGAGACUUCAAAAAUACACAGUGAAUAUGAAACAAGGCAAAAAAACUAACAAAAGUAUAACUAAAAAAACAUUAGGAUACACACAAUUACUACAUAGAGAUACAAAGCAACCACAAAGUGACAUAAAGUAACUACAAAAGGAUGUCAUUUUUAUAAUAUUGCAUGUAUUGUUUUUUGUUAAGCACCAAUAACAAACCAAAAUCCUUGCGUGCAAUAAACCGAUUCCGAUUCUGCCUCUAAAAUGACUCUAAAGUAACACAAAACAACUAGAAGGUACAGAAUGACUACAAGUAGAUAUGUAACCACUACGUCUUAAAAUCUAUGCCAGAAAGCAAGAAAAAUGUAUUAGUUGAUCUCUGCUAGUCCUUAAGAUAAAAUAUUCACACUAAUUACAGUGUUACCUUUAAGUUGAGUUACUUUCUAGAGAUCAUCUCAGUUUCUAGCGCUAAGAAAAGAGAGACGAGACGAGCCUGUAAUGGUCCCGCAGCGGGGAAAAUCACAGGACAUCAAGUAGAGUAAGUGAAAACAUGGCUCGCCACUGAGGAGAUGAAAUAAAAAUACUGUUUCUUAGUGGAGGUUUAUUUUGGUGUUUAUUCAUAGACUUAGAUGAUACUGUUUGUACAGCCUAUCAGUGCUCUUCGUGUUCUGCUGAGGUGAUCGCGCUGUGUCUUUUUAAACGUGUUAGCUGUAUAGAUUUAGCUGUGUUGUUUAAAUCAAACGAGGAGGGAAAAAACAGACAAUUUUCUUGCCCGUCUUUCUGUGCUUGAAAAUGCAACUUGUAAGAAUCAUUUUAGCCUCUGUGAAAUAUUCUGUAUCUGGAAUGUAUUUUGAAUUACAUCCACGCUUUUGACCUUGUCUUUAUGCAGUGCUACUUAUACUAUACAUUAAACUUUGUGGCAUUUCCUUGAA